UUUCUCAUCCCGCUCUUCCUCUCUCACUCCCACAACUUUUCUUCUUACUUUUUUCUCUUUCCAAAUCCAAAAGCUCCCAUGCCUACUUCACUACUACAUUCGUCCUCCCCCGCUUCCUUGAAUAAGGGAUCAGAAGCAUUCAUGGGUUCUCCGCCUCUCUUCAGUCCAUCCUCUGAUAAGUGUUUCUGGAGCACUCUCCGCAGCCGCAUCGAUGUGCUCCUCGAGAGCAGAAUACCCACUGAUGAUUCAUCCUCGCCUCCUCCUACCCAGACGAAUGCUGGAGCUGUGGAAAGGGAAAAGAGGAUGAAGGAGGAUUCCAUGCUUCUGCUAAGAGGGUUCGACUCUGUUGCUUACUCACUGUCUCAGCUCUCCGACAAUCUGGAGAAUGCCCUUCAGGGAGCAAGAGAUCUUGCCAAACCGCCCACAUUGACUGAAAUAUUGAAUUGUACCUUGGAGAGGGCAAAAUAUGAACAGCAAUUGCCACAGAGGAAGGAAGAUGAACAUGGAGAAGAAACUGAAGGAGAGAGCAAUGAAGAAGGAAAGAGGGGACAUAAGAGAAAGUUUGAUACUCAAGGAUAUUCUGAUCAAGAUCAAGAGGAUGUAUCCCUGAAGGGAAAGAUGAAGAGCUCAAAAGAAAUGGGCAACCUCAACAAAGCCAAAAAUCUUGCAAUUUCGAUGGCAACAAAAGCUGGUGCCCUUGCAAGAGAACUGAAAUCCAUUAAAUCAGACUUAUGCUUCAUGCAAGAGCGCUGCACUCUAUUAGAGGAAGAAAACAGGAGGCUUCGUGAUGGAUAUUCCAAAGGAAUAAGACCAGAAGAAGAUGAUCUGGUAAGGCUUCAAUUGGAAGCACUCCUUGCUGAAAAAUCAAGACUGGCAUAUGAGAAUGCAAACUUGGCCAGGGAAAACCGGUGCCUUCACCAGCUAGUAGAGUACCACCAGCUCACCACGCAGGAUCUGUCCGCGUCUUAUGAGAACUUGAUAAGAGGAAUGAGCUUAGAAUUUUCAUCACCAAAUUCUGUACGAGAAGCAGAUGAAGAAGAAGAAGAAGAAGAAGAAGAAGAAGAGGAAGAGGGCAGAGGAGUUGAUGGUACCCCGAGGCCAAAUAUUUUGGGAUUCUCCAAGUCACUGGAUGCAUACUACGAUGAACCGUGACUGAGUCUCAUAGAAGACUGGAAAAAACUUGCAAUGUAGAUUAGACGAUCCUGUCAACAGAUGGGUUUUGUUAUUUCAUUUAAUUUUUAUCAUUUUGUAUUUUUUUUUCCGACAGAGGGAUCAUGUUUGUUAAAUAAUACCCAAUGCUUAUUAUUAUUUGAGAUGCUCCAAUUAAGUUGA